AUGAAAUAUAUUGCAUUAUUUGUUCUUGAUAUUUUAGGAUUGAAAUUACAAGUAGCUUUUUACUCUAAUGAGUUUUUUAAUAAAAUUCCUUUGUUUGACUUAAACUUUGUUGAUGGCUUAAAAAAUGAAAAAUUAAAUUCUAUCAUCGAUUUUAUGAUUACCAAAAAUUUAAUUAAAAUAACCAACUCUUUUGACCAUGAAAGUUAUUAUUCUAAUAAUGAAAAACUUAAAGAAUUACUGUCAAAACAAGUAAAAAAUAUUGAAAUAGUUAUGUUGGAUCGGUUAGUCAAUGAGCUCAUAUUUUUAGCAAAUGAUAAACUUAUAAAAAAAGUGGAUUUGCCGAUUUGUAAAAUGAUAUUUAGAAUUAUUGAAUGUAAAAAAAACAAUUGGGAAGGGAUUAGAAAAUUACAUGCAGGAAUUGAAAAAUACAAAUGGUUUGAAACGAUGAAUUAUUAUCCCUGUUGCUAUGACUGUUCUCUGAAUGAAAGAAAAAAUACCUUUAGAUUUCGUGCUUUUUGCAAUUUAUUAAAAAACUAUAAAAAUCAAUCUAUAUUAGCUCUUGCUAAAAAAUCUAUAUGCUUUUAUAUAAAAAAUGAUCAAAACAUUAGUCAAAAAGAUAUAAAUGAUUUUAUGAUUCAAGAUGACGAGGUUAUUUUUGAAUGUCCUAAAAAGAUAAAAGUAGCUCUAACAAAUGUUGAUUUUUUGAGUUGCGAUAAGAUUCUUUUUGAUAAAAAGCAAGUUCUUUUUUUAAAUUAUCUGCAUUAA